AUGGAAACCUUCACCAAGAAAAGCUUCACCUCCCCCCGCUCCCUGACCUACACCUACUACGACUCCGCGCCCGCCAAACCCGUCUCCACCUCCGCCUCCACCCCCGUCCUCUUCCUCCUCCACGGCUUCCCCGACACCGCCCACCUCUGGAAGAAAGUCGUCCCCCACCUCUCCACCCUCCCCAACCGCAUCAUCAUCCCAGACCUCCUAGGCUCCGGCACCAGCUCCAAGCCCACCUCCGACGCCCAAUACAACUCGCGCUCCACCUCGGCCGACCUCGCCGCGCUGCUCGCCUCGGCCGGCGCGACGCGCAACGUCGUCGCCAUCGGGCACGACUGGGGGUCGUACGCGGCGCAGCGGCUGUGGCUGUGGCACCCGGCGCUGUUGGCCGGGCUGGGCCUGCUGAACGUGGGGUACGCGCCUGCGGCGAGGGCGCGGUUCGAUCUGCAAGCGGUGAAUGACGCGGCGACGGCGAUGGAGACGGAUAAGGGGAAGAAGAGGUACGUGCCGCUGGCGUAUUGGGAGGUGUUGGCGGCGGCGGGGGAGGAGGGGGCGGCGGUGGUGGAUGCGCAUCUGGAGAGCUUUUGGGGGGUGUUGCAUGGGGAGGGGGAGGGGUGGGUGCGGGAGGUGUUGUGUGUGAGGGGGGCGUUGAGGGCGUUUUUGGAGGGGGACGGCGUGGCGGAGGUGAAGGAGUAUGCGCGGCCGGGAGGGGGGUGGAAGGAGGAGUGGUUUGCUGGGGUGGAGGAGGGCGGGGGCAGUCUGGCGGGGGCGAUGGGGCCAUACAGGGCGAUGGUGGGGAAUCAUCAGUGGGAGGUGGAGAGGGAGAUUCCGGUCGAGCGGAAUAGGGUGACGGUGCCGACCUUCUUUUUGGCGUGCUCGGGGGAUGAUGUGGGUAGUUCGAGUUCGGAGAGGAUUGAGGAGGCGAGGGCGUCGGGGUUGGUGCCGGAUUUGACGGCGAUGACUAUGGACGUGGGGCAUUGGUGUACGAUGGAGAAGCCGGAUGAGGUCGGGAAGGCGCUGCAUGAUUGGUUGGUGGAGAAAUUUUACGGUGGCGUUUCGGAGUAG